CACAAGUUUGCCUUGUAAAGCCCCGUGGUUGGUCUGGGCUCCUGUAUAAAUAGCCGACCCUGCCCUGUGCUGCGGCGGAGACACCUGGAAGCCCGCAACCCACUCUCGUAUCUGGGACGGCGCUGGAUCUGCACACACAGAGCAAGGUGCCUGCCCAGCUGAAGUCAUGAGGAUCCACAACCUCACCUUGCUCUCGCUCCUCCUCCUGGCCUCUCAGAUGCUCACACAAAAGGUCAAACAUGGAGCGAAGCACAGACAGAGCAGCACAGCAGAUGGGGACCCAUCAGUUCUGGACAAGGCCCAGAGCAGGCAGAGAAGCAGGACACCCAAGUCCACAAUCAGCGGUAAGUUUGUCAGCAGAGACCGAGGAGCCACCUGCAGAUGGGCCACGACUGAGCAAGAGCUGGGAAUCGCCCUGAGGGUUCAGUGCUCUCAGGAGCAGCACAAGUUUUCCUGUGUCUUUGCUGGCAACCCAACCGAGUGCCUAAAGCACCACAGCGAGAAGGUCUACUGGAAACAAAUCGCACGGACACUGCACAAACAGAAGAACGUCUGUGGGGACUCAAAGAAUGUCCUGAAGACCAAGGUGUGCAAAAAGAAAUUUCCAGAAUCUAAUUUCAAACUGGAAAGCUCCACUUUGCUUGAGAAUAUGAAGCCCGGGGAGUUGGAAUCAAAACUCUCCCCUACAGAGCACCCUAACAACAAAGGGGAUUCUUCCAAGGAGCCAUACAAGGCCAAAGGAGAUGUCUCCUCUACCCUAGCCGUGACCAAGGCAGCAACCACCCGAGACCCCAAAUGUUUGGAUGACCCAGAUGUGGAAAUGCAGAGGAAGAUGGCCCUGGACUUCUGUGGGGAGUCCUGGAGCUCCCUCUGCACAUUCUUCCUCAGCAUGUUUCAGGCCACCUCCUGUUAAUGAGGCCAAAGAGAACAGACAGUCCCACCAGGUAACUCGAGGCUGUAUGCCCUUCUGUCCGAUGGGAAGCUCUGCAAGUUCCCCGUGAGAAGUGACCUUGUGUUUGGGUGUGCAGUUUAAUAUUUAAACAGAUUUUAUAAUUUUUGUGUUUGUUUUCCAAUUUGCUUUCUAUUCACCUCCUGAAGUGUGAUUCUCUGAGACUGUUGGCUAAGUGUAUGUUUUCAUGGCCCAUGAUGCUACGGGUUCAGGAGCAAUGGAGACCUGUCCUCCAGCUGAAAAGCCAGCUUGGUGAUUUCAGUGCAAGGCAUUUUCUCCUGAAUUAAAAGGAUAAUAAAGCUCUGAGCAUUUUCUGAAAUA